CUUUGGAAUCUCUGAUAUUGACUAACAAUUUGCGCCCCCUAGUGGUACUGAAAUAGUUGCUUGAAGUAACAGUCUCGAUGUUGUAUAUUGGCAGUAUGUGGGUGGACAGCAGUCGGUGCUGAAACAAGACCCAGUAAAUAACGCUAUGCUGUUUGAAGGAACCUCAUGCUUACCGUCACUUCUCACGCGGCAAUUUAACACGGUCUGUUUAGUUGAAGAUUCUUUGUCUUGGUUUUUGGUUCUAUAUGGAGAGUGCUGCACUCACAACCUGCUGCAAGUCGGAUAGGACUGAAAUUCUAUGCGGGUCAUUAUUUUCGUGGCUGACCACGUCGUAUAAAUGCCCUAAAUGCCUAGAACAGAGAAGACGCUUGGAACUUCCAAUGUGAUGCAUCUGUACAAGAAGAAAAUUACUCGACUAAGAUGGGUAAUAAGCAAACGAUAUUUACUGAUGAACAGCUAGAUGCUUACCAGGACUGCACAUUCUUCACACGUAAGGAAAUACUUCGGCUCCAUGGCAGAUACCAUGAGCUGGCUCCACAUCUUGUGCCCUUGGACUACACCAAUGAUCCAGACGUGAAAGUUCCUUUACCCCUAAUAGUCAACAUGCCAGAGUUAAAGGAAAACCCAUUCAGGGACCAGAUAGUACAGGCCUUCUCUGAGGAUGGCCUGGGGAACCUCAGCUUCAACGACUUUGUGGACAUGUUCUCAGUGCUCAGUGAAAUGGCUCCUCGAGAGCUGAAGGCCAUUUAUGCUUUUAAAGUCUACGAUUUCAAUGUGGACAACUUCAUCUGUAAGGAGGACUUGGAGAAGACACUGAACAAGCUGACGAAGGAGGAUUUGACACCUGAGGAGGUCAGCCUGGUAUGCGAGAAGUCCAUUGAGGAAGCCGACCUGGAUGGAGACAACAAGCUGUCCUUCGCCGACUUUGAGAACAUGAUCUCAAGGGCUCCUGAUUUUUUAAGCACCUUUCAUAUAAGAAUCUAAUGUGAGAGGGCUCCAAUGGAGGAUUCAGAAACUGAAAUGCAGUCGCACCCCUGGUCGCUAUCUUGGUUCUACCCAUGGUCGCCACGGCGGCUCUACCUUGAACACUUCCUGACCACACUUAGUGCUUGUCUUGUCACAGCUUGUGAGGGCUCGGGUACGUUUCCUAGGAAACACUAUGAAGUGACAGGCAACUGUUUGCCACACCCUGGAUCUCUUAGUCUUUUUACUCUCUGCUUUUGGUUCCCAAUGAAGCACAUGUUACUUAACGGAGCAUAGCAGAGAGCAGUGUGCAUGAUUGUUUUAUUUAUUUUUUUCUGGAGGAGAGCUAAAACAGCGGAAGACAGACACUGAGGCCAACAAAGACGAUUGGGUCUGAUGGGUCUCGUUUGGUUCCUCACCAUCGACGUCUCAGCUGACGGGAAAGGAUGUUUAAACAGAGUAACGACUGCAUCUUUGGAUAUAUCGUUUCCCCUCCCUGUACAUUGUACAUUUUCUCAAUGUCUGCAGCACAUUGGAAAUAUGAAACUAAUGGAAAAUGGACUCUGUGUUUUUCUCCAAUGACUUGUUCACUUCCUUCUGGGAUUAAAUAAAACUCAAUGUUUUCUGGAGAGCCUAAGGAGACGAAGAUGAAAGGACAGAGAAAGAAAGAGAGAAAAAAAGAGAAACAAAAAAACAGAGAAGGCAAGAGGGCUAAAAGCACAGCACUGGCAUCAAGGUCACAAAAAGACAUUGUUUUUUAAAAGCUAUGCAAUCUUUUUCCAUGAAGUGCAUGCUUUGGACCCUACCCCUGUCCCUUCCCCUCCCCUGUCCUGCUCUCCCCCUUUCUGCCCCUCUCCUCCCCCGCUACCAAUUGCUUCUGUCAUCUUUUAUUCUCUUACUGCUUUAGGAACUGGAGCAUGACGACAAUCAUAUCUAACUGUUCUCCAGUUGAAUGAAGGGCUCCCUCAUCUCUGAACAAAGUCGCUCUCAUCACCCUCAUAUAUUUUUACUGUGCUAUCUAUGAUUCCCUCCCUUUCCUGUCGGAACUUGAGAAGUUAGCAUCAGCUGUCUCUAAAAACAGAAACAUUUUUCAGUAUUUGAUGCGAUAGAGGGCAUUUGACUCCCCUUUGAAUAAAUUGAUUUUCUGUCGCUCUUUGA